CGGACCAUUCCAGUGCAUAACAACAACUACAGCAAAAAAAUCAGAACAGGAAGAGAUGGCGUCGUUACAAAAAUUACAGUUUAUUAUUCUUUUGGCUGUUUUACAAAAGAUUGAAGCAUAUUAUGGCAUUGUUUCUGUGCAGUAUGACAAUGGCCAAGGUAGUAGAGAAUACUGCAUUAUGUAUGAUUCAUCACAAUACGAACUACCUACGAAGCUUGAGCAAGCAGCAUACAAGCCCUUGGCGGAUUUGACGCCAUCUGUCCUUUGCAGUGACACCAAGUUAUCUUCGUUGGAAGGUCAUGUAGCUGCCGUCAUGAGAGGCAAUUGUACCUUCACAGAGAAGGGUUUGCAUGCACAGCAGGCAAAGGCUGAAGGGGUUUUGGUUGUCAGUGAAACAGGAGUGACAACCCCAUCUUUUAAUGAAUCCAUUCAAAUUGACAUACCCAUCGUUCUUCUGGAUAAGAAAGACUUCCAAGAUCUAUUGAUUCAAGGAUCAAGUCCAGAGGUAGCCUUGUACAGUCCCCAACCACCGCAGUGGGAUUAUAACAUGAUAGUGAUUUGGCUAAUGGCUACGGGUACUCUGGCAAUCGGAGGCUUUUGGGCAGGACUCAUGGGUUAUAAGCAACACAAACGAGAAAAGAGACAUGAGAGGAGGGAUGGCCAAGGUCGCUACCAGAAUGUUAACAAUGGAGAAUCCAGUGAAUCUGAUGAGGAGGAAAGUGAAGAGACAGAAGCUGUCACAAUCACCCCUCCUAUUGUUAUCUGUUGGGUCCUCAUGAUCAUGGUCUUACUGCUUCUUUUAUUCUUCUUCUACAGCCCAGUUGUAUACGUUGUGAUUGCGCUAUACUGCAUAGGUGCUUGGUCAGGCAUGCAUACUACAUUGCUUCCUGUGGUUGAUUUCGCUAUUCCUUGUAAGGAAAGGCUGCCUCUGAUUCCUGUGUUCCAGAAGCGUCCCACAGUCACAAGUGCCAUAUUGUGGCUAGGUUGUGGAGCAUUUGUCCUUACCUGGUUCUUCUAUCGUAAGGAAUCAUUUGCCUGGAUCUUGCUUGAUAUCUUGGGCAUAUGUUUCUGUAUCAGUGUGUUGAAGGUGGUUCGGCUACCAAACUUCAAAACAUGUGUCCUUCUUCUGUCACUGCUGUUUGUUUAUGACGUCUUCUUUGUUUUCAUCACACCUCAUUUUACAAAGACUGGUGAGAGUGUGAUGGUCAAAGUAGCUACAGGUGGCGAGUCAGCUUCAGAGCAGAUUCCUGUCCUGCUGACUGUGCCACGGCUCUGCCAUUCGGUAUUCUCUGUGUGCAAUGUUUACUCUAUGCUGGGCUUUGGAGACAUUCUAGUACCAGGUCUGCUUGUUGGUUUCUGCCACACCUAUGACUUGAAAGUUAAAUCUCCAAGGAUAUAUUACAUCACAUCUGUUAUUGCAUAUGGUGUUGGACUGAUAAUCACCUUCGUCGCACUCACCCUCAUGCAGACAGGACAGCCUGCUCUCCUCUACUUGGUACCCUGCACCGUCCUGUCUACCCUGGCUGUAGCAGUGUGUCGUAAGGAGGUCUCCGAGCUAUGGAACGGUGGUCCGGUGAAUAACCAUCACAUAUUGUGAAUGACGGGGAAGGUCGGGAAGGAGAAAAAUGACUAGGACAGUAAGAGUGAGACAAGAGACAGAGUCACACCCACCAUCAUCAGUAACGCUACAGUCAACAGAUGGAGAGCAGGUGAAUGAAGCACUUUCAGAGGACACUCCAUCCCCACCUAAUCCUCAAAGCCAGGAUCAUGUAGAAAAGUGAAUUAUAUAGGGCGACAACAGCAGCGCAUCAAAAAUGCAUCUUGGCCUGCGUAGUAUGCCCGUAGGCUUAUGUACAAAUCUUUCUGUGCAAUAUCAUGCCUAUCGCACGAUAUAAUGAGUAGAAUAAUUAUAUUGAAUGCUUUCUCCUCUGGAUAGUUUGAAUAUUUCAUUUGAUAGUGCCAGUGUUGCACUCACCUUUGAUUCAUGCAAAAUUGGCCAUAACUUGUGGAAAAUUUAUGAUAUUGCAUUUCUAGCCAUCGAAUAUGAUACAAUUAUUGUAUACCAUACAUAUGGAAAAGAAUGCUGAAUUAUCUGUUUUCUAGUCAUUUGUGUUAAGAAGAGUUCGGAAAUUUGGAUCUUGAGAUAUUAACCAGUUUGCUACUUUAACCGAAUGGUCACUAUUCAAAGCAUUUAGGAUUUAGAUGUCUCAGUAUUCAAUUGACUAAAUGUUAAUAGAAGACUGUCAAUCUGAAGUCACGAGAAGGGUAAUGUAAAGGAAACAAAAGUUAAUGAAAAUAUCCGACUUUGAUUCUCUCGUUGGAGAUUAUAUUUAUCCAUGUCUAAUACCAUUUUAGAUUACCUUGCUUUUGUCUUAAUGUUGGAAGUUGGUACAUGUUUGUAUCUUGCAGGGCAUAGCUGUUUAUAUAGUUGUUCUCUGCAUGUAGAUCAUUUUAAAACUCUUAAAACUAUGUUUUUAUUAAUUAGAACAGUAUGAUUUAUGUAAAACACACAAGAUAAAAUAAGGUUUUAUUGUGAAGGUAUGGUAUAUAUUUUUUUAAAUUUUUAGUCAACAACACAAUUUUCAUGCCCAUCAUGCCCAUGUUUUGAAUAAAAAAUGAAAGUUUUUAAUUUAAUUCUCCUUAUAAUUCAAAAUUAUAUAAUGUUCAUAAUUUCUAAUCCUGUUAAAAUAUACACAUACAAUAAGGGAGCCCUGUCUAAAAGUUUAUUUACUGCUAGUUUGAUUGGUUUUCUAUAAGUGGGCAUUACACAAAAACAGAUUUGCAUGGUUUUAUAUCUGUGCACAAUAUAGAUGUUUUCUGCAGUCAUGUUUGGGUUGUUUGUCUUUUUUUUUUCAUGAUAUAAAGAAUUGAUUUAUAGCUCAACUUCAAACUUGCUGCAAGUAUACUUGUUAAAGAGAUUAUGAUAUGUUUAGAUUUGGGAGUCAAGAUAUAAAAAGUCAAAGGUCAUUUAUCUGAAAAGAAUUUCUCAUGAUGACCUAAGAACUAUUUGAAAGAUUGUGACUUCAAACUUGAUUCAAGUGUGUAAGUGAUGACUAUCUGUUUAGAUUCAUGAUCAUGAAUAUAAAUGUCAAAAAGUCACAGAUGACUAUUAGUAUCCCUAAAUAAGACCCCAAAAUAACCAAUCUGGAAUGAAAUUAUGGAAAUGGUUUUUCAACAGAUUUGAGUAGAUAUGGGGUAGGGAAAGUGUGUUUUUUUCAAGGUCAAAGGUCAAUGACCUUUUCCUGUAAACUGUUUAAUGGUAUCUCUGAGAUGAAAAGGAGCAUGUUGGUGAUCAUGGUGUAAAAAUGCACAGAUUCUUACAAGAAGAUCAAGUAUGAUAAAAUUGAAGUACAUAGAAUGCACAUUUACCCAUAAAAUUCAAGGUCAAAGCCUUUCAAAUGUCAAUGACCCUUUUUUACAUUAUGUGCCAUACUGUAUUAUGGUAUUCAACCACCCCUGUUUCUAUGCAUAUAUUCAUAAUAUCAUUGCAUUGGUUUGGUAGAAACAUACAAUUUUAUGUUUAUACAUGUAUGUUUUAUUUGUGUAUUGUAUAUAAUAUAUGUCAUGAUACAGUAUUUAUUUGUUUUAACAAAUUUGCAGAUACAGAUUGAUAUGUAAAUAUUCAGUAUGUAAUUUGAAUGUUAUGUACUCUUGAAUUCAUAUCAUUUGUUUAUUUUAUCUCAUGUUGAUUUUAGAUAAAUUCUAAAGGAUGUGAUAAUUUAUGUUGAUGAAUAGCAUAAUAAGAUUAUUACAGUCACUUUGA